AUGUUGCCGUCUUCUCAACGGAACUACCUGAGGUACCCGAGCAAGGUCGCGUUUUAUCACCUUUUGUGCAGUAUUUCAGGUGAGUCCGAAAUUUUUGUGGGGCAGUUGAAUGUGUCCUACUAACGGUCACAGAAACUUUGUGAGAGAGCCGAUUGCCUCGCGCAUCAUGCAGACGUUAAACGUUCACGAGUCGGCAAAAACCAGCUCCCACCGUGUGCUCUACUAGAUGUUUCAAGUUUUAAAAACUGUGUCAGGUCGCAUUUGAAGGCUGUAUGAAACUUGGUUACAAGUUCACUUCAACGCAGGGGUAGGAGUGGUAGCUAGCCAGCGCCGCCACCGCGUUUGAUGGUGCGACCAGAGGCUGCCAUAGAAACUGUCCAUAGAAACCGCCGAGGAGCGCGUGCAGCAAUAUUUAGUGGUAUGUACCGCCAACCAGUCGACACUUGGGUCUUUGCGGAUUCUUUACGGCAGCUCUCUUAGCUCUCUCAUUGUGCGAGAAUAAGAGCGUGUGGCACAUAUUUUAAAAACUUAAAUUGUAUCCGUAGAGAAGGAGGCUUUGGUUAAACUGUCAGAAACUCCCAGGUCGUGAUGAGGGUCAGCCUCCAUGUGCCUGCAGAGGAGCUCGAGCUCAUUAUGGUUUAAUUGAGGGGAUGGGCGAUUUACUAACUCCUCCCUGUAACACGCCAACUUGGUGUCUAAUGCUUUUGUGCUGCUGUAUUUAAAACAAAAAUUGGGAUAGGUUAUACCAGGGGUGUCAAACUCAGCCACAGCAAGGGCCAUAAUCUGGAUUUAAGUCUAACCUGAGGGCCAAACAGGGUCAACAUUUCUCCAAAACUGUCAACCCCCUUUUAAAAAAAAAAUAUGUUACAAAAAUAGCAAUGAUUAUCAAUCAUUUGGAAAUUCCAAAAAUAUUUUAAAAAUAAGUUUAAAGGCAAUCUGAGAUAGAAAACAGUUGAUUUUUUAUUCUAUUUUUAUUUACUAGUUCAAAAGAUCAGAGCAUGACAUUAAUAAUAGAAAAAUAGUGCUUUUAAAGCGCAAAUACAUUAGAAGAACAUUGAAAUUAGGUUUAAAAGGUUAAAAAAUGACUUUAAAUUUCAAAUUGGAAUCUAAAGUAUAAAAGUGACACAGGUCUCAAUACUGAGUUGAACAAAAUCAAAGCAUGAAAUGAAAAAUCCAGUCAUGUUUGACUUGUAAUCUUGAGAUGCAAAACUGAAAACAUGAAAUAAAACACCAAAUAUUUUGUCCCCCACAUUCUUGACCAUUUAUCAAAUCUUCCUUACUCUUUAAUUUCCCAGAUUUUCAUGCUUUAUUAAGGACAUUUUAAAUAAUGGUGUUAAAGUUUACAUUAUUAUCCUGGAGGAAAUCUGCAGACUUCAUACAGGUGGGCCAAUAAUAAUACAAAUAUGAUAUGAUCUCGUGGGCCAGAUAUACUUGCUCCACAGGCAGGAUUUGGUCCCUGGGCCUUGAGUUUGACACCUGUGGUUUAUACUUAAGCCAGUUUUGAAUCUUUAAAUCUUCUUUCAAGUUAGAUUCUGAAAGAAGCCAUGAAAGUGUAUGGCGAAAUUUUACGAUCCUGAUUGUAUCGCCUGAAGGGUUACUGUACAGCUUCUCUACAGAAAGAGGGAAAAGAUGUUCAUUUAUUAUUAAGAUGGAUAAUUAGGAACCUCCUUUGAUGUAUAAUGAAAAUCUUAUCAUCAAGAGUGACAAAUGAAGCCAGGUUUAAGUUUCUCAAACAAAAGUUUCUGUAAAAGGAAAAUCCCCUUGCAGUAAGUUAAGCCAGAUAAUUCAAUGUCUGCCUUUGGCAUCAAGUAAACAAUCCCUGACCAAUGAUUUAAUCAAGCCAAGAAAGUUGUCUAUUUCCAUGCUGUUUCUCAUGCAAAACGAGUUCUGUUUUCCAUUAUGCUGACUGAACAUCAUGCCAUGCAGUCAAUGGAUUUCUAACCACAUUUUUGUCUUGGAGAACUCCCUACAGCAUCUAUUUUUGGACCAUUGAUUCAUAUGUGGAAAAACUCCCCAUAAAAAUCCUUUUCAGGUGAAAAAAAUGAAGGAACUCUCAUGAGCAACCUAGAAGAGGGGAUCCCUUCUGAAGAACUGACAGGCAUGCAAUUGUCUGUGUGCACCAAAUUGGCCAAUCAAGCACUUUCUAUUAGCACACACCCCCACAAACAAAAACAAUCUAUGAAGUUCAGUGCAGUCAAGUAAGUAAACUUUAUAACAAGUUUAUCAGUGAUUCGUCACAGAACCUCUGUUACAUAACCUUUGCAAAGUUUGCAGUAUAAAAAAAAGAAUGUAGUUUUUAAUUCAAUUUACAAGCCCUUGACAAUAACUAGAGACAUUUCAUAUCAGUAAGGGUAUCUGAGACUUAUACCCAUCUGCCCAUUUAUUUACCACUUUACCGUUUCAACAAUAGGUUUGACCUUGUGCCUUUUAUACAGAGCAGCAGACAGUGCUCUUAAAAUUUAAUAUGCAGUGGGUUAUGCAUGGCGACUUUCACAGCUGUAUUAUCUUAAUUUCUGCUUUUGACUCUUGAGGACAAGUUGAUCCAUAGAUAGCUUUGGUCCUUUAUAUUCACAUAGGGCACCUUCUCAUUUGACGUUAUCGCUAGGAUAGGAAGCCUAAAUGCUUUUGUCAAAAGUAUGAAGUUAUAAUUCUGUGUUCAAGUUGUACAUUUGAAAACCAGUGUUAUGUUGCUGUUUUUCAUAAUUGGAAAAAGAGAAGAGUGAGAUCCUGAAGGACAUCUGGACAGUAUCUUCAUAAUAUAGUUAUUCGCUGAAAUUGCUAAUUUGAGGGCAGUCUACAAAUAUGCCUCAAAAAUGAACUGAUGCUCUUCCUUUUUUUGUUAUCUCAAUCAAUCAAGUAGCAGCAAUAUUAACACUCUAAGGGUCCUUACACACCGGGGCCGACGCUAAUAUAGAACGUGAAAAUACGAAAUAUUCGGAGGUAAAUUUUGAUGGGCCUGACUAUACACACACCAAGCCUGAUAAGAUUUUGUGACUUUCUGGCAGGGAAAAGACACAUCCCGGGGAAGACUUUUCCCGGAGAUAGUCUUGCCUCCUUUGCCUCUGAUUGGCUAGAAAAGCUGGAAACGUCAUCACACGCUCAAGCCAAACGGUCAGCACUUAUAGCCAAUCAGAGGCGAUAAGAUAAGCGCAUGAAACUAUGGUAACAACCGUUAGCUUACGUUAGCAUAGAUGAAAGUUAAAACAAAGACGUUUAGCAAACAGUUAAAGCACACAAACCAUAGUCAUAUGAGAGAUCCGACGCCAUGUUGUCCUUCAGGUCGUUAUCUUUGUAAUAUUUGUGUCUUUUAUUGAAAAGCACUCUGUUUCCGACACGUAAACAAUCAGCCGGUCAGCAAUGUUGGAUAUCCCGGUGAAUCUGACGUCGCACGCGAUCUGAUUGGUCAGAAAUGGACACACAGUAUGCAAAACUUUAAAAUAAAUGCCGCAAUAUCACAGAAGGAGAAAACGUUGCUGAUGUGAACGCUUGUAAUGACAGGAUACAGGUUCAAAAAAAAAUAUCAACAUCCGAAAUAAUCGCACAAAAAAAAACGUGUGACAGGACCUUAAGACCACCAACAUUGCUUUUGACCUGUAAAACAGUGCAAUAACAUUACAAGAGUUUUGGAUAAAGUUUUGUAAGAAAAUGUAUAUAAGUAUGGAUACCUUAAAACAUGUACUGAGGCAACAUGACAACCAGCUAACGUUGGCCUGUUGGCUUGUGUAAAACAAAUAAAAGAGGUUUCAGUCCCUACAAACUUUUCUGCUGUAUACUUACAAAAAGGGUGUUGCUUGUGCUUGAAGGUGCUUGAAGAAUUGUAAUUUGUAUUAUGUAAGUUCUUGUCUUUCUGUUGGUCGCUGACAGGUUGUUUUUUUGGCAUGUCAUAUGGCCAAAAAGAAAUAUUCCAGCCAUGUCCUUUUCAUACAGUUGAAAUUAUCAAUAUUUCUCGACUUUGCAUAACGCCCUUUACGGUCAACUUGCAACACAUAUUAAACUAAUACCAUGUAUUACGUCUUUUGCUGCUCAAUCAGGCCAGUCACAAACUGUACAGAGGUAAAAAGUUGAUCUAAUGAGCCAGACAGUUUAACUAUCGUUCAGCCCCUCCUGUCCUGCUCUGCACAGCUGGCUUUGCCACUCUCACCCGUAUACCAUCACCUCUUAUGCUCCGAUUUCCACUUUUAACAAGACACUCUGCCCUCUGGCAAGACACACAUAUUAAUACACUUGCUGCCACAUAAGUGGUGCAUGUGAAGGUAAUAUUGACUAAAGUGAGAACGAGCAGCAGUGUCCCCAGGGACCAAUGUGUCCUUGAUGCCAGGAUAUCUAUAAUCUGUUUUCGUGUGUGUGUGCGUGCCUGUGUGUGUGUGAUUGUGAAUACAACACAUUGUGGUAUAUUUGCAAACCCAACUGAGUGUGCCUACAGAUGCUGCUCUCUUUGAGGAUAGGAUUGUAAGAACUUAAAGCGGCUUCUUUUCUCUGACUGUGAAACACAAGAAGAAAGAGACAGCAUCCUUAUUGCUAUGUCAAGAUCGGCUGAAUAUAAGAUCAGAAUGACUCUGCCCUUAUUCUCAUCACUUUCUUAUUCUGAGUUAAAGAAAAUGAGGGCACGCUUAUGUAAGGUUGUCGUCAUGUCAAUGAUAAAAAUUUUAUGGAGUCCCUAUACCUCUUCCAUCACAUAUUUAGCACCGGAAAAAAUGCUGCCUUUUCUUUGUCCCAUAGACUACUGUUAUUCUUGACUUUUAGCCUUAUCUUGAAAAAUGAAAUGAGUCACAAAGUCAGUUUUCUUCCUGACAGAGGACCAAGUACAGUAUAUAGUACAGUAUAAGUUCAUAUCCAGAUUUCUUUCUCGGUGUUUAGUGAUGUCGAAGGCCACAGGUAAUCAAGGGUCUCCUUUUUUUCUCAGUAAUGCCCUGUGAGGUAUUGAGUAGUUAGGGAGUUUUUCUCCUUCAUUAGAUUAGCUCACUAUGCUCUAUUGGAUUCACCAAUGGAAAUAAUAGGGAUUGCGAGCUCUCCUGGUCUGAAUAAAAUGUAUUUUUCGAGCCAAUCUUAGAGUCUGCAUGUAUACUGAAGCUGUAUUUCUUGUUAUCUACUUGUACCAGUAAAAUGAAUUCCAUUUCUUCCACGCUCCUACCGGGUGCAAUGGAGGACAGAAUGUACAGUACUUGUUCUGUGGGAUGAAUACGCUUUAUUUGAUGCUAAUAUUAGACUUCAACAGGAUGAGUUAGCCAAAUCAACUGGGUAUCUUCCAAAGUUUGUCCUUUAGUGCACAAUUACCUCUGCGAGUUUCCACAGUGACACUGAAAUUCAGCCAAUGACAAAGUAAAAAGCAAUGAGGGAAUUCUGUGUGAGAACAAAACUCAAGAUGAUAAUCGCAUGAUUUAGUCAACGCACACUGUUCUAGUCUGUGAAGCAUCUCAUGUUUUUCAUCACAAGAAGUGUGGAUUUAGUCUCAAAUCACAGACGGGGGCAUUAUAUGUGGAGGUCUUUUUAAAAAGGGUGAACAUGUGCAAUGAUUACAGCAUGCAAAAGCUAUUAUGUGUUGAUUACAGUUCUCAGACAAACUUGAACAAUUUCAACAGGCUUUUUUUAUGUGUGCACAUGCAUGCAUUAUUUUAGUGUGUCUUCGAAUUCAUGCACUACUAAAUCGCACAUAACUCAAGAAUGGCGCCUCCACAGUACUCACAGCCGAACGUCUCCCCACUGUUGAGCUGAUAUCUGCUGCCCUUUCUCUGUAUGAGCAAUACGAUGACUCAUGAUGCCUUCUGUGCAAACAGUAUGCUAUCGAGAGUUGAUAGCCACAUUGACAUGUUGCUUAUAUUUAUUCACAGACCCAUGUGGGCCAUGUAACAAGUGUUGAAAACUUUGAGUCAGUCAUGAAAUCUUAGUAGGGGAUUUAAAAAUAAUCACACGGUUGCACUAUCAAUUAGUCAUACUUAAUUAUUUGUUAUAAAACCUACCAGUCUGUUAUAUCAUCAUCUUAGCCCUAACUAUUCAUCUUGUGAUGUGUUCACUGAGUCCAUAACUUAAAAGUUAAAUGUGUCGUGAAAAACCAGAAACUCUUUUUAGAAGUACAGUGUUAUCAAGAACUCAAAUGAAAAGGGACCAUUUGCACUUCCUCCUUUGGUGAGGAAAUAUCCCAGUACUGGAGGACAUGGCCUUUUAGGAGGAGAUUGGCCAGAGAAAGAGCUGUUUUUGGCAAAACAACAAUAGAAUAUUUGCAGUCAGUUGCCAAGCAGCGCAGCAGGUUUUGAUUUAUGAUGAUGUCUUCCUGCUGGCAGCUUGUAGCAAUUAGUGAUCUGGUUGAAGACUUUGGCAGUGUAGCAGUGUUAUUUUGUCUUUUCGAAGUCACAAACAUAAUUCCGCAGUUUUUGUGCACUGGCUUCCUGGGGAUAAAUUUCCUCUCACUUGUGUUUCAUACGUGACUCUCUCCACUCCUAGCCCUUUUUUCUGCUUUCAGGGAUGAUGUCAUCCCUCUCGUGUUAGCAUAUCUCUUCCCGUCCAUUUUUUUUCCUGCUGGUCGCAGUCGGUGCUCUUCAUCUUCCAGUCAUUUCCUUCAGUGCGAUGUUGAACUCUCUGCUUUUGAAAUGUGCCACUUCUCGACAAGUGCAGGUGACAGGGUUCAGGGGUUAGCUAUAUUUGGACAAAGGACAUGAAGCAGCAUGCUUUUAAUUCCUGGAUUCAGGUCAGAAGGAGGAAAGCAAUAGACAAAACAAAUUCAUCAAUGGAGCUCUCAGUCACACAGUCAGCUGUGUAUUAUUUGUGGAAAACCCGGUGCCUGCUGUGCUGGUAUCAAGCUUUGAUCCCAGCCUGAUACCCGCAGAUGUCAGAUUGUACUGAACUUUAUAGAUAUGAAAUUGUUCAAACAAUUGACGUCAGAGGCAACACCAAAAAUACUCCCCGCUAGCUGAUACAGUUUGGUGAUCUCUUACUCAGUCAUAGAUUGAUGACUCGUCCACUCUUGUAAUCCCCUCUGACAUUUUGAAAAUAGCAUGUGUAAUCUGUGCCAUUUUAGGCCCCUAUAAUAUCCUAUCCAAUCUUUUUCAUAUUCUGCUGUUUCGUUUUGUUUUUGCCAAACAUUGAGAAGUCCCCCAUUCAUCAGUUGUUUUUGAUGUACUGUAUUUUUUAUAUACUAAAGUAGGGUCCACAAUUAACACCUGCCAAGUGCCAAAUGUGAGUAGAUUCUCUGUUUGGCCAGUAAUCCACAGAGGGCUUCACACCAUGUCAUGGAUAAAUGUUUCUACCACAAUGGUCCAGUAAACUAAAAAUUAAACUACUGGUAUGCCAAGUUUUUCUGGAUUUUAGUUAAGCUACAACGUCUGUCUCCUAAUCCGUUGCUGUCUGCAUGUCAGAGUUUAGCAGGGCAGGCUAACCCACUUGAAUAUCACUGCAUAGUGAUUCACACACACGACCAUGAACCCCACCCCUAAUGGAAAGUAUGUAGGUAAUUUGAUUAAUUUCCAGGUCUUAAAAAGUAUGGUGAAUGAAAAAUAAAGUAUGGAAAAAUAUUUAGGUUUCAGGCUAUUACCCUAGUAAAAAAAUACUGUUCUUAAAUAGAAAAGUAAGUAUUUCCAAAAAUAAUUCUAAAAAGUAGGGUAUGGAAAAGUAUGGAAAUUCCAACUGUGUAGAAACCCUGUCUAUGAGACUUCAGCUGCUGUGUUGCAAACAUUUUUUUUUUUCAUAUCAAGACUAGAGGUAGACCAAUUAAUCGGUUGACCAUUACUGGCAUUUUGAUGCAAUUGCUCUUCUAUCUGCAUCAGCCUUCAAAAGGCUAAUAUCUCCAGUAUUUUGCCAAAUGAAAAUGAAAACAAUAAUGUAGUUCUAUAACAAUAUUAAUAUUUACCUUGUAUAUUUGUGUCUUUUUUUCUCAUUUCAUAUAUCUGCGGCAGAAAUCUAAAAGUCCCUUGUGGCAAUGUUGUACUGAGCCAAAUAUUUUCCUGUCUGUAUUUAUUGAAUAAAACAUUCACUUGAGUUCAGCAACAUUGUUUUUCAUUUAUUGGUAUUAACAUAUUGAAAAAAUAACAAUAUGAUAUCAGCAUUAUAUAAUGACCAUUGGCCAACCUGCUCUCAUUAUUGGCAGCAGCCAUUAAAAAAUCUGUAACCACUCAACCACUAAUGAAGACUUAAACAUUGCUAUUCAACUACCAGUGUGAGAGCUGGAAUAGUCUUUCUUUACAUCCAGCAUCAGGUACUUUAUCUUUUUUUCCUGGAGAUGACAUAAUGUGCAAUAAACUAAUGAGCGUGCUCUCCUCUCUUUCUGAUUAUCACUGUUAUCACAUUCUGCUGUGCUCUUCUGUAUUGCUAUAUUGUUCUGUAAAGGACAGGAGUUGACUGUUUUCAUCCUUAAGCGUGAUGUGUACUUUUUUCAACUUCUUUCCUGAUUAAUUCAGUGUUAAAAUGAAUGAAACUACAGCACUUACAGGAUUCUUCAGGCUAAGAACGUUACUGCUUUGCUAAGAAGGAAGAUUACACGCCGUUGUGUUAGUAUCUUUAUUGGUCAUUUUCUGGUCUAGUGAACUUGAUCAUGCUGGUUAAAACCUUGUUUUUAUGUGUUUGUUCUGCAGGUGUAUGGGGCAGUCAGGUGAUUGUACCUCAGAGGGUGAACGCUGUGCUGGGGAAAAAUGUGACUUUAGAGUGCAGGGUGGAAGUGGCCUCAAACCUUACCCUCACUCAGAGUUCCUGGGAGCGACGUCUCCCCUCAGGCUCAGUCACAGUGGCCGUCUACAACCCUCGGUUUGGCAUUUCCAUCCCUCCAGAGUUUAUCCAACGAUUGUAUUUUCGCUCACCCUCCUCACACGAUGCCACCAUUGUGCUUGAAAACGUGGGCUUUGCUGAUGUUGGGAUCUAUACCUGUAAGGUUGCUACAUUCCCCCUGGGAAAUACACAGGCCUCUACAACUGUCAAUGUACUUGGUAGGUAUAAAUAUUUGAACAUGUGUUCUUUUAUGCAAGCACAACUCUUUUUAAGAAUGUGGUCCAGGUGCUCUGCAGCCUGGUUUUACAGGAACUACUGUAUGUAAUGAUGAGUCUCUACUGCAGUGACCUGACUUCUAUUCACAUCCAAGCCAUUAACUGUAUGUGUUGUCCUCAUUUAACCCCCGAUUCUCUCAGAAAAGGCAAUAACGCUGAAAACUAUCCAUGAAGAUAAGAACUUAUUUCAGCAGGCAGUGUCAAGUCUGACCAGACCAAUCUGUUAAUCUAUUAAUAAGUUUAUUUUAAACCCAAAUAUAUUCCAUAUCAACCAUAGCUGCUGAAUGUUUAGCUUAGAUAUGUCUCAAUCAUAAUCAGACCUUUGGUGCAGGAAAAACAAAUGAACUCCAUAUUGUUGCAUUUCUGUAAAGAUUUUUUAAGUAUCCAAAAAUACCAAAAUGUGACCAGCGUAUAGCAGUCACCUCAUUGUUGUUCAGUUGCAUGGAAUUUCAACCACUCUGCUUUGCAUGAUGUGUUUUUUCUCCUUGUCUUCGCUGACUCUCUUCAUCACAGUGGAGCCAAAGGUCUUCGUGUCUGCAGGUUCCGCUCCCCUGAUUGAUGGUGGGAACGACACUGUGGUGGCUACCUGUAUAGCUGAGCGGGCCCGUCCCCCUGCAGAGGUAUCCUGGGAGUCAAACCUGUUUGGCCAAUCAGAGGUGCAGCUGUUUGAUGAACCCAAUGGCACUACAAGCACUCAAGUCCGCUACCUUUGGCAGCCUACACGUCACAUCCAAGGACACUCGCUCACAUGUGUGGUUCGCCAUCCCGCUCUAAAUAGUGACUUCCGCAUCCCCUACCAGCUCAAUGUACUGUGUAAGUUUCCCUUACUGUUUCCAAACACCAAGCGUAAGUAAAAAAACCUUUGCCUAUCACUUGAUCCCACCAGUUGAAUUGGCAGGGAUUACUGUUGAAUGAAGCAAGCAAAUAGCAUUCCUUCACGCGUCUGGAUUUGCGCGAAUUAAGCGAGUAGAUGAUUUUACUCACGCUUGGUGAGAGCGCCCCAUGAGUGUGGCUAUUUGGAAGAACCUCUUGUCAAAACUGGUGGCCACCUGUGCAGCUGAAAGCAAUUCCCUCCUUCUAUCAGACUCAGAGUUAGUGUGAAGUGGCAACAGAAACAGUCACUGGAAAAAGGUUUGGAAAGUUUCAUUUUGUAUAUGUUUUAAAUAUAAAUUAGCCCAGUGAGACCUGAACUAUCAGGUACAGGACCUGACAGUUCAAUCAGGCCAAUGUAGAGUCAACCGGGUGCAGUCCAGUCUACAUGAGACUGUAGUCUACAUUAGAGUGUGUGUAGGUUUGAUAUCCAAGAUAAUGUGCCUUGCUGUCAUUUUAAUGACAACGAACUGUAUGUUUCCAUGCACCCUUCCUUAACUUUCAUUGAUCUUGAAAAAACAAAUUGAGCAGAAAGUACAGUCAAAACAGGCUGUAAAUGAAAAGGUAUCUAAUUCGUUCUGAAGUCAAUGAUGCUUGUUGUUGUCAGUAUUGACUUUUGAUAUUUUAGAAGCUUUUUAACGACUUCCGUUAGAGAGACAGCUGAAUUGACAGUGAUGUAAUCAAGGACAAUCAAUGCAGACUCCUUCCAGGUAUAAAACACUGUGUAGGAAAGGCUGUCCCUGGUGUUUGCCUUGGUUUUUCUUUUAUUUCAAAGUGCAUUUCUUUAGGCUUUUCUGUGUCAGUCGAUGUUUGUGUGUGCCCUUAAACUGUCAGAACAGAGAAUGUUUUCUUGCCAGCAAACCCCCAUAGAUAUAUUGGUUCAUAUCAGUACCUUGUGGGGCACAAAUGGCUGUCUGCAUGCCAGCUAUAAAAAGACUGGUAAAAUGAGGAACUCUGCUCGUCCCCUCUUUUGUUUGACAGAUGGAUCAUAACUUUGCUUUGAUUAAAAAAUAAUAACAAUAAUAAUAAAAGCAUACCACAGAAGAUGGUUUUUGAAUCUGAAACAUGUAGUGCUUUACAACAGGCCAGUAAAAAAGGAUCUCUCAGUUAUUUGUUUUAUUUCUCUCUUCUUUGUAGUUCCUCCAGAUAUCUCAGUUGUGGGCUAUGACGGGGACUGGUAUGCAGGUCGGGAAAAUGUUCAAAUGACGUGCAAAGCCAAUUCAAACCCACCAGCUCAUCACUUCCGAUGGAUCAGGUUUGUGUAUUUGUAUUUCCUUCAUGAUGUUUUCCUUUCGUUUUAUCAGAAAUAAAUGACCAAGCAGGCCAAAAAAUUUAAAAGGCAAAGAAAUGUGCCUCCAUAGAUUCAAGCAGAAUUUCUUCAGUUUUUCUUUUAGCCUUGAAUCUUCUCUUUACUCUCUGAGUAGUUUAAGACGUCAGCUCAUUGAACCUAAAAGGCUGUUAGUUUAUGUAGCAACACUACUAUCAAAAUUGGAUAUGUAGGUAAUGUCAGCUUUACUUUUCAAACUUCUUUUCAUUUAUUGAAAAAUUCAGGUGGUCAUUUCAGGUUACAAGUAAUCGUAGCACAAAUAUAACUGUGAAUGAUAAAGAAAAAAGAUAUGUGUCUAAGUGUUUGUGUCUGGUUGCCCCUCAGAUUGGACAGCGAAAUGCCAGAAGGGGUGGAAGUACUGAACAGCACUUUGCUCUUCCUGCGUCCCCUCCAGCGGAAUGACUCUGGAGUUUACAGGUGUGAGGUUGCCAAUGACAUCAACCUCCGCAGUCGGGAUGUGCGCAUUCUCAUACAAGGUGAGCAGAGAAUACGCUCCAGAACACAGCUGACUCCCACUGCCGUCCCUUCCCUUAGGAAACACUGUGCGUACACACACGUCACAGAGGGGUAUCACUGCCUGUGACAUUGUCCUUCAAGCUGAAAUGUGACACUGUAUCACUCUUGUGCGUUCUGUACAUACUAACAGUCCGUCAAGCAUUCAUGCAUGCUACAGAGUGUUGGUACUGAUAACAGUUGACCCUUUAAUUUGGCUUUGAUUGCAUACUGAUUAGCCCUGAUUAACAUUAGGUCCCCAGAUGUUCAAAAGGGGAGUUCCUGGGCUAAACAGCUGCAAAUGUUUAAGGUCUCUCUCCAGACAGGAGUGCUCUGCCUGUGGUUCUGGCAUCUGUGUUGUGUCUCUUUGUUGUGUAUAGAGAACAUGUUCCUCUGCUUUAGCCCGGUCUGUGUGCUCUUCCUGAAUAAAGUCCUGAUUAUGAUGUGAUUCUUUCUCAGAAUUCUCCCUCUGUCUUUCUGUACUUCUUUUACUUCUGCAUGUGUCAUGCAGUAUGAGGCAAAAGCCUGCAGCCUGACUGUGAGAUGAUGUCCCAGACUCAUAAAACAUUAACUAGUUCUUUUCAACUCCUAUUUAUUAUUUAUCAUCCAUAUUUCCUUUUCCUUUGAGAGGACUUGUACGUGUGUGUGCAAGCUUACACAUGUUGGUGUACUCUUCGUUAUGUGUGUCUAUUGCUGUGGUUGUGUUCACAUAUGUCGGUUCACUGCUUCUGUAUGGAGUAAUAGGAUUCAUAUAUUUAGAGACUAGAGACCUUUGGGUUUGUGUUUGCCAUGUUUCAGAUGUGAAUCUUCUUCUUACAUCUGGCCUGGCAACAAGGUUAGAGUGGCAGAGUAAUUUUGCAGAACCAUUAAAGCUUUUAGACUCCGAUUUUUUUCCAUUACUUAAGCUCCCUCUGAUUAUGGCUUUUGGCUUUUGGGUUUGUGGGCAUCACCCCUAAUGUAGUUCAGUUUAAGGUUCCAAUAGUGCUGUUGUGAAAUAGUGGGGAAAAAAUUAGUAUGCUUGCAAAAGAGGGUGCAAAACGCACAUUCCCAUACAAUUCAUGCAUGAAUCAUAAAGUAGAUGUUAAUUUCCAACUUUUUUCAAAAUGGGUGACAAAAAGAAUUGUCUGACAGUUUAUGAUGCGUUCACACCGGAGAUGUUUCAUUCAGUCAGGUAUGUUUGGAAUGGUAUGAAACUGCAUGUGAACUCUGAUGCAAACCAAACAAGUAAACUCUGGUCAGAUUGCAAACUGGGGUCUCAGUUCACUUCUAGAUGAACCCUGGUGCAGUUCCUUUGAGUCGAAGAAGACCAACUUAUAGUCAAGUCAAGACUGCAGCACAACUACAACACCUUUUAUGCCCCUUUCACACAAAGUUAUUUGAAACUAUACGAAAUUACCUGUGUGCACCAUAUGUGCGAUACACAUUAUAUUUUGCCCUAGCUUCACCCAGAAUGUUAGUUAGCCCCUGGUAUUAUUUCAAGGUAAAGCAGGAUAAGGUCAUGUGAAAUGAUGUCACAAUAGUCAGUCAUUACUUCUUUCUUCAUCUAAGAAAAGGAGCACCUGGACCUGUUCCACAUGGCCUAGUAAAGUUAAAUCUGUCAUGUCUCACAUUUUCUGUGAAAGUUGCAGUUAGUGAUGAGCAACUUCACCCUUAGUUUGAAACAGAUGUGACACAAUGUCUAUGCAAAGUCUGUUCACUGUAACCCUUCUGCGUAUUGAUACCCCUGGAUCCUGACCUCAAGGUUUAAAGUUUAAGGGCUUUUCAGUCACCAACAUUUUUUUAUUUGGAGUUCUCUUCUGAAAUUACUGGGUUGAUAGUUUCAUAUAUAAACAUAUACAUAUCAAAUUGGUUACACAUGCCACUGAGGUUGAUGAUUUGCUGCUGAAGUAGCCUGUUAGCUGUUCUUAAGCCUCAGUAUAUAGAGUGCAGCUAGCAGAAUUUUACAAAUCUUCACAGUUACUUGGGAAUAAUGUGUUUCAGUAAUUAAGAUGAUUUGGAGAUGAGAGGUUCUUGAGCAUUGAGCCUUUCAUAUAGACAUUUCUUCUAUUAAUUUCCUUUGUAACCAAUAUUGAUCUGAAUACUUGAACAUGUGUGUCAUUGAAUGUGUUGGUUCAAAGCCCCGUCUUCAGCAGGAACAAAAAGCAAUAAAUCUCAAUCUCCUUUUUUUGGGUCCCUUCAUAUUAGAUGUGUGUUGUAGUUGCAGCUCAAACCACUCACUCAUGUUUUCUAGUCCAAGAUUUCUUCAGCAGCCUUUGGUUUGCUUUUGCCUUAACAAAAAAAUCUAAUCUAUUUUUAACUGUGUCCUUGCCAAGUUAUGAAUGACAGUACAUUUCAGUAGAAUGAAGCUUGAAUACCUAAAAGCUUUCUUAUUUUAAUUUUGUCUUGACGAUGGAUGAGGCAUACACAAUUUUAGAGAGAAAGGGGACAAAAUAGAUACAGGUAAAAACAAAACAGAAAAAAGGGAUUUUUAUUGAUAGAGAUAUAAUAAGUUCUUUUUUCAAAACAGUUAAUGAUUUACAUCCUCCUAUGAAAUAUGUUGCCCAAACUGAUUUAUUUAUGUUAUAAAUGCAUUAGUUGUUGUUUUUUUUUUUUUUAAAAAGCUGUCCUGUUCAGCUGAAUGCAGCUAAAUUUUACACAAGAACCCGUAAACAAAAGAAUAAACACUCAUUUUGAUUACAAACUCAAAGAAGUUACUCUUUAAAACCUUUUCAGGACCACAAGUUCUGUGAAGAGAAGUUCACGGACAUCACUGUCAUACAGUGUCAGUUUGAAAACCUUCCAAGCUUGUUGUCGUUUCCUGUAAAGAUAUGGUGCUCUUUAUUACUAUAAUCUAAUAAAUAAAAUUUUCUCUAAUUUUUUAAACAUUCUAUUUACUAUUUUUUUAUUAAAUGAUCUGAGGGUAGAUCUGAGCCAUGAGACGUUGGCAAUGCAUACCUGAGGCUGCUGUGCGUGUCCACAGUUUAGUAUUGUAGUUUAGUUAAUGGUUUUGUCAACCUGUUAACCCUACUUUAGUGAAAUGCUGAUGUAGUUGGCAUUGACAUUCUCUGCUUCUCUGUCUGUUCAUCUCUCCCUCUUACCCUCUUCUCCCCCCGUCACCCUCCUUCCCUCCAUUAGAUCCUCCCAUCAUGCCUUCCACCAUUACUGCUCCUGUCCUAACUGGCUCCGUCUCCUCCACCUUUGUGGAUGAAAAGGGGCAUGUUCUUCUCAGCUCCCCCACACUCGAAGCCCUACCUGAGAGUAAUCUUGGGUCCAUAGUGGGUGGGGCUGUGGGCGGGGCCUUGUUCCUGCUACUGCUGCUGUGUUUGGUGGGCGUUUGUUACCUACGGAAACAUCAGACCUUCCAUGGGGAUUACUACACCAAGCAGUACCUGGGAAACAACGACCUCCAAAAAGCCCCUACUCAGCACGAGCUCCACCUGACCAAAGCCAGCAGUAGCUCUCACAGACAGGACCAGGAUCGAGAGGAGUGGGGUGAUCGCCAUCUGAAACAGGAGCGUGAACGACGUCUCCAUAGCAACUAUAACGGAGAGGAUUAUCCUUCCAAUGGCUACACCAGAGCGAUGAGAGAGAGCAGUCACCAACAAAAUCAUCAGCACAAUCACCUUCGUGAACAUGCACAGUAUCCUAGUCCUCGGCAGGCCAGAUGUGCCAGAUACCCUCGAUCGCCCAAACCACAGGGAAACUGCUCCCCCUAUAUGUCUGACGACUGCUAUGAUAGCGGGCCCGAUGGCGACUAUGUCUCCCACACUGAUGGCUCUGUCAUCUCACGUAGGGAAUGGUAUGUUUGAUAAACUACCAGGUCCUAUGGGAGCAGAAAUAUCAAGAAAAAAACCUGGGGGGUUAGAUUUUGGAAUUAGAAAAAAAAAUAAAAAAAACAUUAUGUCUCUUCUGUACGCACAUGCACACUUCUACUAAUAUUGAUUCGGUAGUUCCUGUGUUUGUUCAAGCAACCUGGUCAGCACUUGAGAUGUGAUGUGUCUGUUUUUGAUGUGGACAGACUGGACUGCACAGCCACUUUGACAGAAAACUCCUACAUGCCUGGGGACAUGGCAUGACACUAGUUUGUGUGUGUAGAGACCAUAGACUGUAUAUAGAAUGGACAGCAUCUGCCUCCUCGCCACCACAAGAACAGCACCCUCUGGUGACAGGCUGCAGUAUAGGUCAUAAAUCCCGCCUCCUCCUGCAAUCCCUGUGGAGCUGUGGACAAACUUUAGAAAUUUAUUACACAGAAUAUAAAUUUUUCUCCCCCCUGCUUGCGAUGUUGACACGUAGAUGCUGUAAGACUGGUUUGUGCUCAAGUCCUCUUUUUUCUGUACAGCUCAAUUUUUAAAAGUUAUUUGGGGGUUCAUGUUUUAUAUGAUUGACACUUGAUACAGCCUAUGGGCUUACGAAGAUUGCGUAGCUCACCCGGGGGAUAUGCUGUUUGAGCCGAGCGUCAUCACAGUGACUCUCAGCAACUCUCCCGUCAAAUGCGUACAACGCUACUGUGAAUGUUGGUUUCAGGAAAUGGAGAAGAAGAAAAAAAUACUGAGAGCUUUUUGGCUUCAAAUCGUUAUACUGGUGGAAGGCAGAAGUUGUCCAUCGUAUAUACAGUCUAUGGUAGAGACUAACUAAAUAUCAUGAUGUAUGUGCUGUCUCUGCCUUACUACUUGGACUGCUGGUGUAUUUAGUAUUACUAAUGUCUUAGCUUCAGUGGAGCAGUAGCCCUGAGGGCUCCAAGAUCACAUAUGGUUGUUGUAAAAGAAGGUAUUGUUGUUUGUUUCUACAAAAAUCAGCCCUCUUAGGCUCUGUAAUACUUGAUUAGUAUUUAUAUGUCUUUAUAUUGCCUAUUCUCCGUUCACUGAAAAAGUUUUGACCUCUAAAUAUGAUUGGCUGACACUCAGGAAUGGUAGUGAACCCAUGACUGGAAGUGAAUGCAGGAUAUUCAAAUGAUCACAGGUCUUUUUUUUCCUUCAAAACCUGGUAAGACACAGCAAGGCACAUAUGCUAUUAAUAAUUAUUUAAAAAAGGAAAUCAUAGUUCUCUCCUCACUGAGUCAUGGUCAGAUAAAAACAUAAUGCACUGUCUUUUGAACCACUCCUAGGUUUGUUUUCAGCUGAAAUGUCUCCUUUUUACGGUACUUACUAUGACCAGAGACUUGUGAGCUUGAGGAUUUGACCCCUAGCAGUGAUGUCCUAGCAGUGUCCUUUAAGACUGAUUGCCUAGUGUGGGAACCUUAAGAGCAUUUCUGCAGCACGUCCUCGUCUCAUCUUGCAUCCCCAGGAGAGAGGGAUAGAGAGGGGACAGGCAGAAAGGCCCACAUGACUGAGGCAUGAGUUAUGGAACAGUCAAGCCUUGUUAUGCAAACAUGCUUUUGAUUUCUUCAAGUUUAAAUAAGCUAGAAUAAGCUAGUGCUUCUGUUAGCUGUAUAAGUUAGAGAAGAGUCUUGAAGUGAUUUUCCGCUUUAGUUUACCAUCAAUACAUUCUUUGGUCAGCCCCCACGUUAUAAUGGACGUGUUGAGUUGCACUCUGGCACUAAACCAGGGUUCUCAGAGGUUCAGGAGGGCUAUCAGCAGGGCCAUUGUUAAAAGCAGGCUACAUUAUGACAGCCACCAUACGCUGGCCUCCUAGUCGCAGAGUAUUCUGUUACACAAAGAAAUCAUUCAAAAAAGCGGCCAGUUCACACAUACCACAAACAACCAGCUAUGGACUAGUUUCACUACUCUGAGUAAUCCGCAGAAACAAGACACAACUUUGUCAGAAUUACAAACUGAGACAUUAAUAGGCUUACUGUUGCUUACCCAUGUGUGCAGCUGCACGCUCUAAUCAUGUUCAACAUUUUUCAACUUUCAUUAAUCUACCAAAGUUUGUGGAGGUGAACAUUUCAGGUCAGCUAUAGCAGACGUUGUUGCACUGAACCUUAAAUCCUGCACUCACUACUAUCUCUUGAGUAGCUCUGAAACAAUCCCUUCCCUGUUUUUUUUUCCUUGUGAUCUCAUACAAGUUUUACAAUUAAAUCUGCAUUAAUUUCUAAUCAGCCAUAUCCCAAGGCUAAAUCAUCGUGUUAAAAUGUUGUUGGACACCUCGAGUACUGUGCUUGAACUGAGAAGAAAGUGUUUGCAAUGUCAGUCUUUGGGUUAAUCUGCUCUGGUACUAGAUUCUUAAAUGAACUUGAGUUCUUUUAAUGUGAUCAGGGACACACAGGGGAAAAAAUCAAGUAUUGCUGCACACAGACAGCAUGAAGAUCUGUUUCUUUCAAGCACACUAGUGUUUGUGAAUUUGCCAAAUUUAGGACUACAAUCACCUACACAGUAUUUGAUCCCAGUUUGCCAAACAUUAGUUGAACUUGUAUGUAUAAAUAAGAUGAUGACAGUAUUGAUAACUUGCUAACAGCUUAUAUAAAUAGGUAACACAUCACUGUAGUAAGCAGGGUCUUGUAAACUGAAGUAAAAAGAUACUUUUGACCACUUUUUAUAUCGCAUUAACAGGUGUCAAAAUGGGAAUAAGUUGUAUUGAGCUUUCAAUAAUUGUCAGGGUGUUCAUUUAGUGCAGCGAAUAGGCUGCUGUUCUCGUGGUGAGAUUUGAUAAUGUGCCACUGUUACACGCACGUAGAGAAUAUCGGCCUUGAACUGCAGUUAAUGUUGUUUAAAAAGCUGCACAGUGCACUAUAACUAAUUCAUAAGCUUCUCAAUCCUAAUGGUACCCUUGAUUUUUUUUUAGUCCACUCCAGUUCAAACAACUCAACCUUCUUACUUUUUACAUGUUGUAGAAACUAUGAUUUAACAUGCACAGAAAUUUUUCGUGAUUUUUGCCACAUCUGUCAUAAAUCGUGGUUUUUGUACAAAAAGUGUUCCUAUGAUGGAACUUUUACAAAGUAGAUCAACGGAAACAGUGUUACACAAAGAUACGCUAAUUUAUUGCAUUUUUCAACGAUCAUGGGCUUCACAAACAAAAUCUCACUGACCUUGUACUGAGAUGCAGGUUGUCAGAGAGAGAUUUGAUUUUGCUACAUGCAUGUGAAAACGUGUUACUUUGGGAUUUUGAUGAACUGACCCUUCAGAUGGGAGGCUUCGUUCUUUAAAAAGAACAAUCUCUGUUGAAUUGAAAAGAAGGUAUUGGGUAUUUGUGUGCUGCUGACAGGUUUUUAUUGAGUCUCUGGGCUCACUUUCAGUAAAGAGAAGAGAGCAACAGGAAGCACAGCAGUGUUACCCCCUCUUCUGUUUGCUUCCAUGCACUAAGACGGAAACUCCACCAAUCAAUACACUAUUUUUGCCUGACUCGUCAGUUUGCAGCCCUACAACAGGAAUUAUGAUGUUCUCUUGUACUGUGUGGCGUUUUGUUUAGAACUCAGCCAUCAAUAUCUUUACCUUGAGAAAUGUCCUUCACUUUAGGGUAAAUACAACUAGUGCCUUAGAUACCUAGAAGAACAAAUAUUUUCUUGUUAUUGUUUACUAAUGGAUGUAAGAACAUAUUUUGUUUCUCUGUGAGAUUUAUUUUAAUUUUAUUUUCACUUUAUUAUGUGUUCAAGGGACUCCAUUGUGCCAUAUUCACUCUCCUGCCACUUUGACUAUUGAUGACGCAGUGUAUUUGCAAACCUGAAGGCAUUAUAAUUAAAAAAAAAAAGACAAGACUUGAUUGAAUGAGUUAAAAAAAUAUAUCUGUUUCACAGGUUCCUGUCAGGGUUCUUCUGUUUCUGUAAAACCACUGUUGUUAAAAGGGGUCACAUUGUCAUUAUAGAGCACUUUGUGGUUAUGUUUCUUUUUUGUAUAUACAGAAGACAAUGUUUCUGGAUGAAAAAAAAAACGAUGUGAGUGACAACAGUUGAGCAUUAUUUUGUCAGUCUUUUGAGAUACUUCAGUUCAAUAAAGCACCUUAGCACCUGUGAGUUAAUUUUUUCAGGAGGCUUCUUAAGCUUUGCAACUACUCCGACUGCUCGGUCUCUCUCUCUCUGCUCCUCUUUGUGCUUCUAUAAAUGACAUCAUCUCCCUAACGCAUAAUGCCGCACCCCCCCACCCCACCCCCUUACACCCCAAUCCAGUGCGCACAUGUGGAACACCAUAAAUGACGUAAUUCGAAUUCAUGUCUCCUCACUUCACCCUAUCUCCAUUCGCCUUAGUGUCCAAAAUCACUGUGAUGUGGCACUUGUGUUCCUCUCCACUGGUGUUUCUGUAGUCGUGGGGGAUCCAACACCUCGUCACAAGUCCUAGUUUGCUUUGUUUCAGGGACAGAAAGGCCCCGGAUUCUCCCCCACAGCUUGUCUCCUUUAUGAAUUCCCUCCUCGCGUGUCUUUUUCCCACUGUCUACCAGCUGGUAAAAUUAAACGCUGAGUGUUUAUGUCUGGCCCAAAGUCCCUACUCUCCAGCCCCAUUGACUGUCCCCAUGGCAACAAGCUCAUCUGGAGCUGCUGAUGGAGGCUGUCUUUUCCUGCAAGCCUUACCUGGACACACUGAAAGCAGAGAGAGAAGGAUGGGUGUUGAGGGAGGAGGGGGGGGAGAUGAUGCUGGGAGUCUAAACUGUGCUGUUGUGAAAGGCAGAGCACAGAGGGGGAGAAUUAGCCACUGGAAUUGAAAAUGGCCCAUUACGCCCCACUGCACCACACAGAGCUCCUCAGGCUGUGAGGACAUAACAUGCUGAUGUGACCUUGGCACUGUUUAGCUUGGACUCCAGGUCCUCAAGACACACUUCCUUUAAAAGUCUCUAUUUGAGCUGACCUCUGUGUCUUGUAGAUCUGGCGGUGGUCACAGCAGUUGUUGAUAUUUUAACCUUGAAAGCAGGCUCACAGUGAAGCUCAGAAAAGUACAGCAGCUCAGUCAAAGUGAUGAUGUCGACCAGAUUUAAAUUUGAGACUCGUGUCUCUCGCAGAGUCACUUUCUGCCUGUAACUAAACAGUUUCCAAGGAUACUUUUCAGCAAAAACACAAAGCGACGAACAAAUAUCUCCAUCAGUGUGGAGGGACGCAGCACUGAGACUUUGAUUAUAAUUCUUCAGCACAAGUGGGAUUAACUCCUCUCCAUCGUCAAGCUGAAAAUAUGGAAACUAUAAGCGAUUUAAAAAUGACAUGCUACCCACUGCUCUAACCUUUGUCCCCCACUCUGCUGUUACACCAGCGUGUGCUUCCUCAGGGAUCUGUUGUCGACCCUUGACCCCUGCUGUGGAAGUUGAAGAGAAUGGGGGUGGGUUGUGGGGUAGAGGAGUUGUCCUGCCAGUGCCACCACUCACUCCCUUACUCCUCACCAUAGCGAGAUGUGAGCUGUUAAAUUCAUGAUGAGCCCGUCUGCUGCGCUGACCUCCGGAGCAUCAGCAUGCACUUUUCUCCACAGUGAUGAUGAUGAUGAUGUGCGUGUGUGAAAAAGUGCUGGAGUAGGCGCGACAGAAAGAAGGGGGUUUGCACCGGAGCCAGAUCCCAAUUUGGGGACAGUUGAUCCACCACUAACACCACUAAUCCCAGUCCCUCAAGAAGGGAUCAAAUUUGAACCAAUUAAACGUUCAUGCAUGCUCAGUCGACUUCUUUUCCCCAAAGUUUUCAUUUUGUUCAAUCCAAAUGAAUGAAUAAAGAAUAUUAUUUAUUUUGGUCAUUCAUGAGAAAGGAACAAAAAAUCUUGUGUGGACGUGAAUAUUCAGUGACAAAACUACAAAGAACAUCAUUUUAAUAAAUACAACAAAUAACAAACAAAUUGCUCGGACUCCUGCCUCCUCCAGCUUUAAGAUGCUCUACACACUCUGGUUUUAAAGCAGCUUUUUGUCCUUGUCACGUUCUGUACGUCUGUGAGAAUGUCUGUCACCAAACAUCAGAGAGGCUGGCUUGACAGACUGCAUUUUUAAAGGCUUUUUGAUCAACUCAAGAGGCUCUUGUCAUAGUUCAGCAGCCAUCAAAGGUAAUCGAACGGCUAUUAACUGUUAGAGGACAGCUUAAAGGGAGAAGAGAAGAGCGGGGGAGGGGAGUAAACAGAGGAAGAAGUGGCUUUCUGGGGGCGAGCGAGCUCACAAGUCCCAGUGUGUUCAAUCUGCAUCAUAAUUGGACUGUUAUUUAAGAUUCUCAUCCCAGCACAUUAUCGAUUUUUUUCUCCCACCUCAGCAGCCAAAUCAACUGGAAUUGACCAUCACACACUUUGUUUUUUCUUCGCUCCCGUCACCUUUUGUCCUCCUGUCCCUUCAGUGUCCCACAAUCACAGUCUUACACAUUACAGCUGAAUGGCCAAUGCUUGCUGUUCUCAGAGUUUAAUGCAUCUUAAUCACAAUUAAUCCUAAUCCUCCUCUGCGGACAACGUGGAGCACAAGCAAGCAUAUGGUCAAACAAAGCUAAUUCAGCAGACUUUACAAGAGUAUUGAACCUGACACAAACAUAACACAGAGAGAGGAUGGUAACGACACAUGAAGGAUGGAGGGAGUUGAAGAUUUAAAGUGAUUGAUUAGCGAGUGAUGCAGUUUUAACAUGCACAACCUUCAUUUGUCUAGAUUAAACCCCAACUACAUCUCUCCAAUUACAGCCGAUUGUUCAGCUAAACAAAUAUUCAAUCCAAUCUCGCUUUAAUACUUGACGCUUUGCAAAGCAUCAUCUAUUAAAAACAAGCCUGAUGAAUAUUGUGUUGUGGGAAGAUAAUAGAGUUUAGAAAUUGGAUUGUCUCCUAUACCUCUUUUAAGAAAAACUGCAACAUGUUUGAAUUCACUGUCUUACCAAUAAUUUAUCUUUAAUAAAUAUGAGACUACAGUGUGCAGUUAGCUAGAACUGAAUGUAAAACUCCACCUACCAGCAUUUUGAAUGCCCACUUAUAUCUUAUUAAUCGUUUAUGUUCAAAAGGUUUUUGACGUUUUAUAUUUGUUGUAUAUAAGCUAAGUUAGCAAAGUCAGCGAUUUAGCUUGGUUUGAGGACAGCAACACUUAAAGGGAUAUUCCAGCGUAAAAUUAAUCAAGGGUCAAACACACCAUAACACAGAGCUGCGUCACCCCGCCUCAGUCAUUGAUGGACUGGUUGAGGUCUCACUACAAACAAGCGGCUACUGGAAGAGAGUAGGUGAGUUGAGUUAAGUCUCUUUGGCAAAGAAAUCAGGCAAAGUUAAAAAGAUGUUUGGUGGCUAGUGCUAUGGCUGGGAUCCUAUUUGUACUGUUUAUGAAGUUAGAUGCUGUUCUGAGCAUUAUUUGUGGCUAUAGACUGGCGUUUUGGUUGAGGUGUGCGUGUGGUUCCUCAGACCGCUGUGUAUUGCUAUCGUGCGGUCAUUACUAAAGUUGGUAUAACUAAAGAAGCAAGCAGUCUGGAACAUUUUUCUCUCAAGGGGGUGUCUAACUCGGUGUUACGAUGUGUCUGACCCUAACUUAAUUUUAUGCUGGAAUAUUCCUUUAACUGGGAGAGAUAAAACUGAAGCCUAUUUAAAAAAACUGAAACAUUUUGAAGCAUCUUUACCAGAGCCAUGCUUAUCAGGCUCUCAUUAGUCAUUUCAUCCUGCGCCACCCACAGUGAAAGGAAAUCAUGGCAGCAUUUAGCGCAUGUCCACCUUCAGGCGAGAAAACUUGAAGAAGUGAUACUUGAACAUUUAUUCUUUUCAACAUGUUCUCACCAUAAACAAUGCCAAGCAUACUCUUGCAAGAUAAUAUGUGUUAGUUAUCAGAAAAAUCAAUUACCUGCCUGUUGCUCAUCUAUUAUAAUCAGCAGAUAAAUGUCAUUUCAGAAAGAUCCGGAAAGGCUUUUAUGGUUUCUUUCUUUUAGUCCCAUUUUCCCUCUGUCCUCUUUUUAUUCCAGGAAUCUAAAACUUGGUUUGGAAGCACUCUUCUCUUGUCUCCAGGGUAAGACGGAGAACAGAAGACACAAAAUCAUACUCAGAGCAUUUUCUGCUCCUCAGAACAAACUGUGCUCUACUUAACAAAACCCUUACAUCGUGAAGGUAUUUAGAAUAAAAUAUUAAAUCUCAAUAAUGGACAAAUGCUCCUAAAACACAGAGAUACAAAACUGAUACAACUCUAGCUCAGACAUCUUUGAAGUGUCAAAGCUGCAGAAGCUACCUAAGCUGUGAAGUGGUUAUUUAUCCAGUUCAUUUACAUCUCAUCUCCAGAUGUUUUAGCUUCACCUUCUGGGAGUAGUUAUGCUAUUUAUCUCCUUCAGCAGUGAUUUUUGUGUCUUGUUUUGUUUAUAAUUAACUAAAAGUCUCGCCCUCUCUUCCUGUCUUAGACCAGUCUCAGGCAGAGAGGUCAAACUCCAUCACGGUGGCAGGAGCAGUGAUGGGCGCAGUCCUUGCCCUCUUCCUCAUCGCCAUCUUUCUUGUCGUGAUCCUCACUGCGCGCAAGACCCCGCCCCAAGCCUUCUCUGACAAAGUGUAAGUCGGACAAAUAGUUCAUAGUGCAGAACAGGCUCAGCUGGUUAAUUAAUGACAUGAUACCAUGUUAGGUUGACUGAAGCCGUCUACAAGUUCAUGGAGUUGCUCACUCCUCCCGUGGAGUGUGCCGCAGCGGGGCAAGGCCCUGGAGCACAGCGUCUGCAGGACAAGGUUGAGGGGUGGCAGAUAACUGCAUUCUUGGCAGAAGGCCCCCGUGUCCUAUUUUUGUGUUCCUGUAAACCAACACUGCUUUUGAUGUAGGAGCAUCGAAAAAUAAGUCUGAGGUUAAAUUAUUUACAGCAGGAGUGACUGAUUUGAAACCCUUUGUCUGAGUUUGUGUGUGUGUGUGUGUGUGUGUGUUUGCUCUUUGUUUUGUCUGUCUCGGUCGUGUAUGUUCUGAAUAACAGUGUCUAAAGGCUGAAUUACAGGACCAAACAGGAUCCUCUAUGUGGUCUGGUGCACAUGAAUAAAACCUUAUGAGUAUUUUUUUAUUAACUCUGUUUCUGUUUAACAUUUUUGAGUCUUCACUGUAACACAAAGGUGCACUCAGUGAGUCCGAUUCUGCAGAUUAACCUUGUACCCCUCACAUACAAAUCAUUAUUAUGAACCUGUGGAGCAUAACUGCAAGGUUGCAGGUUGAUUCCCUCAUCAAUCCCCGUUAAGAGCGUCAGUAGGCAAACUUACACCUGGGAAACACAAUUACAUGUAUUAGGCUUGUGUUAGGCUUGCCUUGAGGGAGACAGCUAGCUGCUGAAUAAACGCUACAUUUUCCAAGAAACAGAAUCACAGCAUGUCUGUUUAAAAGAUUCACUGAUGGAACAAAUUAGAAAAUCAAGUUGUUGUUUUUUACCAGGAUGCACAAAGCCAAGAUCAUCACAGGAGGCUCAUAUUGAGUUAUCGGUUUGUUUUCAGCUUUUUAGGAUGACUUCCUAUUUUUUUGACGAAAGUAUUUACUCAAUAAAAUAAAUUUUUUCACUUAAAACUCUAAUUUCAUUGACAGUACCUCCUUCAGGGAAAGUUGAACGACUUUUACUCUGCAUGUACCUGACUGAGCUGCAUACUGACUGAUUAUGUUACAAAGGGAGUGAUGACCACCCCCUCAGACCCUGCUGACUGAAAACAGCAUGAACUGAAGGGGGGACUCGACCGCCAUGCCUGGGUGUGGACCCUGCAUCAUGACUCUGACACUUUACAGGACAGUGAAUCAGGCCACGUGUUGGUCCGUGGUCAAUGCCACGACAAACUUAGCAUCUUAAGUGUGACCGUGGCUGGAAGUCCCAGUGGGAUGACGGAGGGGGCGGGUGGACUCAGGCCUCUUCCCUCUCCUUCAUCACACACUGACACGGGUGUAGGGCAUUGAGUCACUGAGAGCACCAACUGUAAUCUCCUACUGCCUCUCAUCCUGAGUCUGAAAGAGAAAGAGCAGCAUCAGUGAUGUACAGCAUUAGAAAAUCAAUGCCUGUCAUGACACCAUUUUAUGGACGGUCAAGGUCAGUUUGCAGGUUUAGGUUAUAAAGGGGAGGGGGAUUUCAAUAAAUGACAGAAGGGGUCUGAUUUUAGCAUCUUAAUGUGUUUUAGAGAAACUUAGACGGUGAAAGAUUUAAGAAUAUUCCAUUUUACUUUGCUGUAUAAGAGAGAAUCACUCUUCACCCUGUUCUCGAAUAACCCGAGCUCUACAGACGUGUUGUGAUGUGAAUAAUCCAAGAUUGUGUAAAGCUGGAAUUGUGAAAAAAUGCAAGUUACAGAUUUUAGAAUAAUGGUUAAAGAGCUAGCUGUAGAGAAGAUUGAAAUCCCGCGACUCUUAUUCUUUUGAUAUUAGCUUUUUCCACAGAGUAAGCCAUUAACAUUUGCAUGCACAAAGCACUGCGGUUAAGUGAGCAGCAUUAAAUAAAUGAAGUUGUUGUGUGCUGCACUAAACAUUCAAUUGAUCCAGACUUUACCAUGUAACAACUGUAGGUAGGUAGGUUGAAUUUAUUGUUCCUGUGAGGAAAUUCAUUUGCAGUAAGUUGAAAACAUGCACAAAGAAAGCACACAUACACAGUUCCAUACACUGUUCCAUAUAAAACAAAACAAAACAACUCAGAAAAGACAAAAAUACUAGUACCAAAUACUGAACGCGUUGGGGUUUAUUGCUGCAGACAGAUGAAAUACAAACACUGAGACUUAACUAACUACCUCUGAUUACAUCCAAGCAUCAUUUAUAACCAACAAGGAUUAAAAGUCAUGGGAAAGAUAUGAAUAACAAGUAUGCCUCAUUCAAUAAGGUUUUUAAAUUAAAACUUGCUGACAAACAUUUUUAAUUAAAUGACUAUCCUACACAGAGGCAGAUCCAGGGGGUCAAUCAGGGUGGCCAGGACCCCUCUUAAAUUUAAUUAGCUGUCCCUAAAUCCUUGAAUUCUGAUACAGUUUACUCUCAGACUGUGUUCCAACAGACUGAUGGUAAUUUUCUUUGUCUCUUAGUCUAACGCACUUCAUUUCAUCAGUAUUUUUUAAUAUUUACUUUGACAGGCCUAUUCUUUUCGAGACCCUGGAGAAUUAAGUUAAGAAGUUUGAAUGCUGUAUUACUGUUUAUGAUCCAUUACAUCUUUUAGAAAAUUAAAUGCGAGAACUUUAAAUACUUAUUGGUAGAGACAGAAAGUCAAUCUAUGACAAUACACCAAAAAGAUUAAAUCACUCAAAAUGUAUUUAUUUAUGUUUAAAUAUGUACUUACUGUACAUUAAUGAUUACAUGACCAAUACCAGUGAGGAAGUGUUAUAUGUAUAGUAACAAAUGCAACAUAAAAGAUACAACUAACAUUGACAUAUAACAAACAAACAUUCACAAGUAGUUGGCUUUUAAAUUUAAUUCCAAAUAGUGAAAUUUAAAUGUCAUUAUUUUUGUCUCAUUUUAAUUAAUCCCAGACUCCUGGCUAUCCCCCACAUCCAUUGUCUUUACGAUAACAUAUUUUCAUGCUACAUACUUUCCUACCUGUUAUUGUAAAAUCAACAAUAACAAACUUAACAAUGUCCAGAAAUUAAAUCUAAGAGGGUCCUUUAGUUUCACAUUUCAAUGUUGGAAUACUAACCAAGCGGCCUUUUUAUUUUAUUUAUUAUCUAUUACUAAAGGACUAUUUAUUAGGAACAGGCACAAUUUGCUUUGAGAAAACUGACAAAAGCCACCCAAUCCAAGUAUUACAGUGUUUAUUGCAGAUGUUUAUUUGUGAUUUCUGUCCUUAGAAGGUUUUUGUGUGAAUCCAAGAUUUGUAACAGUGACAUCAGUGUAACAAUGUCCGGGUUAUUUUGUCAGGUUUUUCCAAAGUAUCUUGUGACUCAGAGAGUUUUUCUGUCAGCAGCCCUUCUCUGAAUUUAUCCAAUAAUUAGAUUUUCUCCCAGCAGAAAAUAUCAUUAAACUAAUUGUUUCAUGCUGCUUCUCUCUAAUUACACACUUUCUUUAUCAAGGGUUCAUUCUGGAGAAUCUCUCUUCAUUGUGAUUUCUCUGCCCCCCUCUCUCUCUCUCCCUCUUUCUAAAGGAUUGACCUUCCUCCGACACACAAGCCGCCUCCUCCCCACUGCGGGAGAGCACCGGCUGUUCCUCUGGGUGUCCACGCAUCACAAGUGGCCUGGCUCUGUCAGGUAACCCCCCUCCCCCUCUUUCAUAACCACUUUGAUAUCACGUCAGUGCAUUAAGCUGUAUCUAAAUCAUUGUGUGCUUUUUACUCAACCACAAAGACUCAUAUAACAGGAAGAGGUUAUAUCUAUAUUGUAACUCACUGGCUGAUGUCAUUAUAUGUUUAUUAAGCAGGAGCCCUUAUGGCUCUCCUCAUUUAAUAUGUAACAGAGUUUAAAUUUUAAUACAUGUACUCAGCUCCAGCUUUCAUAAGCCCUCACAUUCACGUCUCACCCUGAAAGAGACCAAGAGGAAACAUUUAUUCUGUUUCUCCUCACACUGAUGUGAAAGAUCAUUUGAAGAAGAAACUGUUCAGUGUUUUUCUAAGAGACCUGCUAUAGAAUGUGUAUGAUGUCCCGCUACUUUUGCUGAUUUCCACCCUGCAGACUCACAGGGCGGAGCGCAGGCAUGAGCUGACUGAAGGGCAGAAUCCACCUGCUUCAAGGCCAGGACCCCCGACAGCAAAGAGACCACCCAGCAAGCAGCUGUCCCGCCUGGAGUGGGUGUGUCAUCAGAGCGGGACAGACCAGGUGUACAUCAACCAUCGGGAACAUUAUGUGUGA